AUGCUAUCUCCAACUCCCUGUGGGACACAACCCGGAACGCCAGGAACUUAUACUCGAAGUGUUCACAGCCAUGUUGAUUUAAACACACCUACAGUCCAACUGGAUGGUGUCAAUGCGAUGAUGGGCUCAGUGGAAGAAGAACGUGUCAGCCAGGGGUUUUUUGGAAGCUCUAGUGCAGCAGGGUUCAUGCGCCAGAUCAGAGCCGCUGUCGACAAGAGACUGACUCCACCCCAUCGUCGAACUUCUGCUCCUCGUCUUGCCGCGACAUCUACACUGAUGUCUACCCGGAGUGAAAUACCCCGAAAAUCUGUGGCAAACUACGUGUUACCACCACGAAAAAUGGCAGACAGCCUCAUGGAGGUGUAUUGGGACUAUGUUUUCCCGCUAUAUCCAUUCCUUAUCCCCGCCCAAAUGAAAAGAGAUUAUGCAAAGAUCUGGACCGGUGAUACACUGGAAUACGAUGAAAACAUGCUCAUGUGCACGCUUAAUGUCAUGUUUGCGCUGGCCAGCCAACUGGCUGAUUUCGUUCCACCCAAAGAGCGGGAAGCAUCUGCGGAUGCCUUUUUCUCACGAGCGAAAGACCUCUUUCAAUUUAGUCUCUGGGACACUGGAUCGGCAGCUUUGAUCCAAUGUUUACUUCUCAUGGCCCAGUAUCUCCAAAGUACUGCCUCUGCCCAUCAAUGCUGGAUUGUCACGGGGCUCGCCAUUCGUAAUGCUCAGAGUCUGGGACUCCAUCUUCCUGAAACUAUUGAACGUUUACAGAGCUUCCAAGAACAACAACUGGCGCGCAAGAUAUGGCACGGAUGUGUAUUAAUGGACCGUGUUAUAUCUAUGACAUUCGGUCGCCCCGCUAUGGUCACAAAGGCCUCUAGUGGCGCUGUUCCUCUGCCGGUCGCCGUUGACGAAGAUUUUAUCCCAUCCGAGUCAGGGCCAGAGGCCUCACAGCCUCCUGAUCGGCCUUCGAUGAUAGCAUUUUUCGCCAAAACUUUGGAGCUUUAUGACAUAAUGAAUGAUCAAUCAGCGGAUGAUAGCGGAGAGAACAUGCAUGACCUAUUUUUCAACAGUGUAAUUGGAGAGGGAGCACAGACCAUAUUUGAGUUCGACCGCUGUCUCGCCCGAUGGACGCGAAGUCUUCCUGUGCACCUACGUGGAGACUCCUCAGCAGCUUCCGUGAACCCCAUAUUUUAUCGCCAAAGUAUUGUACUGCGUGCUAGGUCAGUGUUAGGCCAAAAUCUUCCAAUCAUUAUGCAGAGACUUAUGCAUAAUUUAACCUGCAGAUUCUUACAUGUACGGAUACUCCUAUUUCGGCCAGCCCUCUCCAAAUAUUGCACUGUACGGGAUAACGCUACUUCCGACCCACUGAUACAUAUGAACGACUCUUUGCCCCAUCGUGUUGCCCUGCAGUGCUCUAUAAUCUGUGUCAAAUCUGCUCAAGAAUCUAUACAACUUAUCUAUAGCAAUGUUCCUGUUGAUGGAACCGGCGGUCCACUGCCAGCAUGGUGGUACAACAUACUUUAUGUUUAUACUUCCGCGACUGUCCUGAUAGCUGGCCGUUUAUAUUCGGCAAUUCUCGCUGAGAUCACUGAAGAGUCAAUCACGCAAUCAUGGAACUGUGCGUUGGAAAUCUUGCGCAAGUACCAAAGCUACAGCACCUCCGCUCGGCGUUGUGUUGCAGCCCUUGAGAUUCUUUAUGAACAAGUGGCAUAUGAAGCGUCUCCCUCUACCUAUCACAGGCCCAGUGGUGACAUAGAAAACAGCGCUCUUGUUGCAAUUAAUGAUAUGUCCUUUGGAGAAGGGGUGAAUGCAUCUAUCUUGGACAGUUUUGAGUUCCCUGAUUUCCAGGACAUGUCCUGGCUGAACAGUGUUCCUAGUAACCUUUUCUAG